GGAGGCAUGUCUUACGAACAAGAGGCUGGUAAAUGGGAUAAAAAAGGCAUCUCCACUUGAUCAAACUAGUUGUCUCGAAGGAUUCCAUUCACUUGUGAAUUAUUUUGCACUAAAGAUGGUUGCCUUUUCACACACUGGAAUGAUGAUACGACAUAUUCUUGCAUCUAUCCAUUUCAACUGUAACCUGAGACGCGAGAGUAAAACAACCUCGGAUGGUGAAAAACAAGUGGCUGUGUCCUGGCCUAAAUUCAAAACUGGACAAGCAACUGUGCGCGAUGUAAGAGUCAAACAGGAUUUAGGGUAUGUCAGUGAAAUUUUCAUCUCAAUAAUGAGGACAAGUUCAGAGACCUUAAAAGAGGUAGAAGACGAAUUGAAGCUGGCAUGCCCUGAACCAAUGAACCGGAUGCUGGAUAGGCAGACAAGGAAAGAUGCCCUUGCCAAGAAAGAGUCUCGCGAUAAAGCAACAUCCAUCAAUGUUCCAGCCACAGGUGAAGUAACUGACAUUGAUGUUAUAAAGAAGAAACCACACUGUCGUAGAUGCAACCAACUAAUGAAAGGCCAUAAAUAUACAGAUUGCCCAAAUUUUGACAAUGAAAAGGAAUGAACCAACUACUUUGAUUCACAGUAAGAAACAAGAUCAGUGUUUUGUAUAAAUGCAGUUAUUCACUCAUUUACAUCAUCCACAUACCCUGUAAAUAUGUCAUUUUCUUUAAAUUUGUUACGGAUAGCAUGAUAUGCACAUGCAGGCAAAGGUACUCUUCUUUUCCCAAUGGUUCCAUAGACCAGGCUUGUAAACUCUCUAUACGAGACACUCCUAAGAAAUUUCUCCUCAGGAACAGAUCCAGUAUGCCUAUAUCUCUGUCCUUUUCUUGUCUUAUAUUUUGUAGAUGCAAGACGCAAUGACCAUGUUUCAAGACAUACUGGCCUGAAUCCUGGAUGUUGGGUCAUACAAGAUGGUACACAACCAAGUUCUCUGAACACCAACUCAUCAUUUAUUGCCUCAACACA